AUGAAGGCAACUAAGGAACUCUUUCAAGAAUGUCAAAAACUUGGAUUUCGGUUUUUAAGAACCAGAUCAUUAAAUCAAGACCCUUUAGAGAAUUCAUUUUUCUCCAUACGAAAUCUCAAUGGUUCAAACACAAAUCCAAAUUGUACUCAAUUUGUUAGUAGUUUUAAAACCUGGAUUGUGAAUAAUUUAAUAUCAUCAAAUUCAAAAAAUAAAAAUUGUGAAGAUGACUCUGGUUCGGUAUUGGAAAAUCUGCAGACAUUCCUGGAUGAGACCCCAAGCUUAGACACAGUUAUACAGCCUGCAGAAAUCACAGAGAAUACCCCAGUUAUUAUAAUAGAAUCUGCUCCCUCAACUACAUCUGCAACAAACCCAGAUAACAAUGCGGCUUCCACUUCUGAUAAACAAUCGCAAAUUUCAUCCGCUUGCAGUGUUAUUACAACAGAAUUGUCUUCUAUAAAAGCGACAUCUCGUGGAACCAAAUGGCAAACUGCGAUGUCUCAUUUUAUACCAAAGAAAAUGUCAUCUACUGAUAAAUCUAAAGUUGAUUUGGCCAUAAUGAAGCUUUUUACCUGGGACUUCCAACCGUUUACCAUGGUGGAAGAUAAAGGAUUUAAAAAUUUAAUGAGCAUUUGUGCUCCUGAGUAUAAAAUACCUUCGAGAAAAUAUUUUUCAAAUUCUCUGAUACCAGCAAAAUUUGAAGAAAUAUGUCAAGAUGUAAAAAAUACUCUAAGCGAACAAGCAUUAAGUGUAUGUAUUACAACAGAUGCUUGGACCUCGUCUGUAAAUGACAGUUAUUGUGCGUUAACCGCUCAUUAUAUAAAUGAACAUUUUGAAAUGAAAACUGUAUUGUUGGAUUGUUCGGUAUUUAAAGACUCCCAUACUGCGGAGAACUUAGCAGAAUAUAUCACUAAAAUGGUUAGUGAGUGGUUAAUUAGUGAGUCAGAUAAUGCUUCUAAUAUUACAAGUGCCGUUACUAACAUUUUGAAAUGGAAACAUUAUGGGUGCUACGCACAUAAAUUAAAUUUGGUUGUACAAGACGCUCUUCGACAUGUCAAAGAUGUCCUUAUGAAAGUGAAGGCAAUUGUAACUUACUUUAAAAGAAGUAACGCAGCAACCAGGAAACUAGUAACUUAUCAAGAACAAAUAGGUAUUAAACAGCCUAAGAAACUGUUGCAGGAUGUCGUCACACGAUGGAAUUCAACCUAUUUUAUGUUACAACGUAUUACACUUCUGGAAGAAGCUGUCAAACACUCUCUGGCCCUUUCAAACACUGAUUUGCCGCUUCUAACAGAACACGAAUGGAAUACAUGUAGAGAAUUGUGCAUGGUUUUAGAGCCAUGCGCGGAAGUUACUACAGAGAUCAGCAGUGAAAAUUAUAUUACUGCUAGCAAAAUAAUUCGCGGGCUAACACGCGGGCUAAAGUUUCUUACCAAGCUCUCGAAUCAUGUAAAGAUCAAUUCAAUAAAAUUAGUAGUACAAGCAUUAUUGGAUGGCAUUGCUACUAGGUAUUCAAACCUAGAAAAAAGUAAAUCUCUAGUGUUGUGUACCUUUCUUGACCCAAGAUACAAACAUCAUUUGUUUGAGGAUGAAAAAACUACAGACUGGAUAAAGAAAAGCACUAUUCAGUUGGUUGCAGGAAUAAUUAGCAAGGAAAGUGUCAUGCAGUGUUGCCAACCAGAAAACUACGAAUAUCGCUACGUCACUACACAAAUUCCGCUACUCCCCGCUACGGUCGUGUCAUUUCUAAUUUCACUACAAAUCUAG